AUGGACAGUUUAUCAUAUUCAAUAAAAACCAGCAAUGUCAGCUGUCAAGAUCAAGAAUUUGUCCUAAGUGGUUUUCCUGGAUUUGAGAACUGGAAUCACGUGCUUUCACUUCCUUUCACUGUAAUGUUUUUCUUGACAUGUUUUGGCAAUCUAACCAUCAUGACAAUUAUAAUAAGAGAAGCAAGUCUGCAUGAACCUAUGUACAUCUUAAUUUGUAUCUUAGCAGCAGCAGAUUUUGUCUCAGGUGUUACACUACUGCCAAGUCUUUUAGCAACGUUAUGGUUUGGAGCACAUGUUAUUCCAUUUGAUAUCUGCUUCAUUCAAAUGUUUUUAGUUUACUUCCCAACAGUAAUGGAGUCAUCACUGUUAGUAUUAAUGGCCUAUGAUCGCUAUGUUGCAGUGUGUAAGCCUCUCCGAUAUUCAUCUAUAAUGACAAAUGCAUUUAUUUUCAAAGGAUGUGUGUUUAUUAUAAUACGAAGUCUCUGUUUUAUAAUACCUGUUCCUGUGAUUGCCCAAAUGUUGACAUACAGCAACAAAUGUACUGUUAGUAACGUUUUUUGUGAAUACUUUGCUGUGAUUAACAAUACGUGUACCCAUACAUUUUUGAGUGAUAAUUAUGUGACUAUUGCCCUUUUUUUAAUAGGUCCACCUGAUACAUUAUUAAUUGUUUUGUCAUAUUAUAUGAUUAUUAGUGCUGCUAUAAAUUUACGAUCACAGGAGUCACGUGGAAAGGUUUUUAGCACAUGCAGCUCCCAUUUGUUUGUUAUUUUAAUGUUUUAUUCAUUCGGAACAUUACAUAUACUAGUAUUAAUUUUUGAGAACAGGUUUUCAUACCACAUUCAUGCCUUAUUUUCAGUUCUUUAUAUUGUAAUUCCUUCAGCUUUAAACCCAAUAAUAUAUGGGAUGAAAUCUAAAGAAAUUCGUUUGCUAGUAUUAAAAUAUUUAAAAAGGGUAUGA